AAAAUGUGGAAUUUAAUAAUGGUUUUGCUUAUUGGACUACGGGCAAGUCCUAUAUAUAUGAUAAAAAUUGGCAUCUCCCAUAAUUAUAAUACGACAAUAUCGACAACUACUCCAAAUCCAAAUGCUUUAGCGAGUGUCACCACAGAUAGCAUUGGAAACACCAUGGAUCUAAGUAGUCCAAGUCCUCAAACUGAAAUUGCAAGUACACCGAGUCAAACAUUUCCACCCCGAAGACAGCCAAGGGCGACAAGUACUACAACAACAACAACAUCUACAACGACUACCACACCAGCUCCUCUUCCCACUGCUGAUACCCAGACAAGGGGAAAUGCCACAGAGUCAUCUAAUGCUCCAUCUGGAAAGCAAACGCCCUCCUAUCUCUAUUAUUGUUCGUGUGAUCUUCGUGAAGGCAUUUGCGAUCUAAAUUGUUGUUGUGAUCGCGAUUGUCCAUCUGAAAUUCUGGUCGUCUUCAAUUGUUUGGGCUUAGAGGCUCCUGCAGAAUUGCAAACGAGACUGGAAGACUUUCAAUAUACUCAUGGACUGCCCACAUGUCAGUUGCACGAUGGCUGGUUAUGUGUCUUUCGCAGUAAUACCAAACCCGUCAAAAUGCAGCCAAUCUUUCGCGAUUUUGAUUCAUCAAAGUAUAGAAAGUGGCCUGACUUAUUGGAGGCAUACGAAACGGAUAAUGUGCCCUCAACUCAGUCGCAUUACAAGUUGGGACAAGCUCUGCAAUUGUGGCAUCCCGAGAGUAAAGAGUCAAGUGUCUUUAUGCUUCCCACUAGCUAUGAGACUGCCCAUUGCCAUAUAAGACAAGCCAUUAGACAUCUUCAGCCCACUGAGAACAACUGCCUCAUGAAUGACAUUAACCAAUUGCAAGAGAAUCUUGCACUAAUUUUGAAUAUCACGAGUAAUUAUCAAGUGCUAGGUAAACCCAGAGAUAUAGAGGAAACAGAAGUGGAGGGUAUUAAUAUGCAAAUUUGUCAGCUAUGGCAAAGUGUUAACCUCACCAGAAAACUCGCAUGUUUUGACCAAGCAAAUGAUACGCAACUAGAUAUGAUAGUCGAUAAAAUAGAAUUGGAAUUUUUACACAAUUAUACAAAUAUUUUGGGAGUUAAACUUUUACUAAGAGAAGCCCCAACCAGGCAAACGGAAAGUGAAGAAUUGUGGCUGCACUACAAAGUCAGUUUUAAGUCGGUUAAUGAGACUGCCAGCAAACCCAUCUCAGGUCCAUUGGGUUAUCUUACAGGAAAACCAGUAAUAUCCUCUCAACUUUUGCCCAAAAACGAUAGCUCCGAUGUGCCCCAAAUACUAAGCUAUUUCGAAUUGAAUGCCGUUAAACAGGAUUACCAUUGGUUGCCACUGUUCCAUCGCCAGGUCGGCACUCGUAAUUGCCAACGUAAUCUUGAUGAAAGUCAGGCACUUCGUUUCGGCAUCAAUGUGGCUCAACAAUGUCAACUCACCCAAUUGGAUGCCCCUCAACUCCAGGAGAAUGCCAAUCACACGCAAUAUUGUGAAAAUCUUCAGUCGGAGAUUUGGCACAAAUUAUUGCCACAUAAUUGCUCAAGCUUGGACAAAGUCCAGCAAAUAUUCAUCUCCCAAUUGGGUAGACCUCAGGUGGACAAAUGGUUGCCCCUCAAAUUGAAUUAUGGCAAAGAUUUGCAUAAUCUACCACCCGUGCAGGGAUACUUUGAUGAAAUUCAACAAAGUCUUAGCUGCCGAAAUAUAUUUCUUAGUGUACGCUACGAAUUUCAUCUGGAACAGCUAACUCUCCUCGAUGGCAUGGCUCCGCAUCAACAGGUCCUGCAACAUGCCAGAAUUGUGUUGGGUCAAAGACAUGAUCUGGAAUUUGAUGGCAGUGAACAGCAGAUUGAGUUGCCGUUGGCCGUAUCAGUUAUGUUCUAUAAGGUGAGAGAUCGUUCAGUCAAUAGUGGUCAACAAAUUGUUCAUUAUGAAUACUAUUUGUUUACUCUAAUUAUUUGUCUGGUCAUAUUAAAGUAAAUUAAUUUUUAAUAAAAGAAAUGUUUA